UUUUAUUCAUCAUCGAUGUGGCGCCGACAGAGCGGCAAUCGGUACAACGACAAGUUGGUAGAUGCGUCCGCACGAGCGGAGAUUUAUUUAAUAAUAAAAGAAUAGAAAAAUCAUAUUAAGAAAAGAAGUUAUUUAAAGAUUUCCUCGUCCCUAAUAUUUCUCAGCUGGGUCGCGUGGAAAAUACGAGGUUUUUUUCUAACGACGACACACGACAUAUCGUGAAGAAAGAGAAGUGCGCCCCCGAGAGAAAGAAAGAGAGAGAGAGAGUGAGAGAGAGAGAGAGAAAUAAAGAAAGAAAGAGAGAGAGAGAAAGAAAGUAAGAAAGAAAGAGAGAGAGAGAGAGAGAGAGAGAGAGAGAGAAAGAGUUGACGGAGAGGACGAAGAACAUAAUCGUGGAGAGCGCGUUACCGGCUGACGCUGGAGAGCAGCAGUUCUUCCUCGAUUCCAUUCGUUAAGACGCGAGACUCGAAAAGACGAUGAGAGGAGCGUGCUGACGACAACGACGACGUCGCGCGUUAAAGAUUCGGAAACUAUGGCGAACAUCGCGGCGCAGCGAAUCAAACGGGAAUUCAAAGAGGUUAUAAAGAGCGAGGAGGUUGCAAAGUGUGCAAUCAAAGUUGAGUUGGUAAAUGAUAGCUUUACUGAAUUAAAAGGGGAAAUAGCUGGACCACCAGAUACACCUUAUGAAGGAGGUAAUUUUGUACUUGAAAUCAAAGUACCUGAGACGUAUCCCUUCAAUCCUCCUAAAGUUCGUUUUAUAACAAAAAUAUGGCAUCCCAACAUAUCUUCCGUCACAGGUGCUAUUUGUUUGGAUAUAUUAAAAGACCAAUGGGCAGCUGCAAUGACCUUACGAACAGUAUUGCUGUCAUUACAAGCCUUAUUAUCUGCGGCAGAACCUGAUGAUCCUCAGGAUGCAGUAGUAGCUAAACAAUAUAAAGAGCAGCCUGACAUGUUCCGUCAAACUGCUAAACAUUGGACAUUUGUAUAUGCGGGUGGACCCGCAAAAAUGCCCGAACUAGAUGAAAAAAUAAGAAGAUUAACGGAUAUGGGAAUUGAAGAACAUAAUGCAAGAGUUGCUCUUUCCUCAUAUAACUGGGAUUUGGAACGUGCCACCGAACAGCUCUUCAGUUAGUGAUAACUGUACAGUUAAUUCAUCAUACAAAGACCACUCAUUUUGUCAUUUAGGAACUUCUGUAACAACACACUCAACUAAUUAUACCAUAGCAGUUUUUAUAAUCAAAUUCAACUCUUUUUAAUAACAAUAUUUCCACUAUAAAAAACCAAAAAAGAAGAAGAAAGAAGAAUAUUUAAUAUGUCUGAUUUGAUGUCUUUGGUAGUUAUCUGCUUCAUUUAUAAAACACAGGCUUUGAAAGAAAUUUAGCAAAACAAUAUAAAGGCAAAAUUUAUAAAUAGCUACAUAUAUCUCAAAGAUAAGAUUCACAAACAACAAAUUUUAGUUUUUAAUUUUAAUUAUUUCAACCGACCCGAUGAUGAUGAUAUUGUACUAUCCAAGAAUAUUUCUAACUGUUAUGGAAAUUCAGUAGUGUGUUCAUUACGUCUUUAUAUAUUCUUUUUUUUUUUUAAUUAUUUUUAUAUAUAUAUAUAAUUGUACAAUGUUUGGAAUGGUUGAGUGUGUAUUUCUUUUUUUAUUUUGUGUUGAACGCAAAACAAGCACAUAAAAGUCUUUUCUUCAUUCUCUGUUCAUAAAUUCGAUAGGUCAGGAUAUUACAUACAUCUUUUUCAUAAAUAUUUCGUUUUUUCUUUUUCUUUUUAGACCAGUAAAGUAAAAAAAAGAAAAUAAAUUCUUCCGGGUACUGUAUUGAAGUAUCUUUAUGAACAGUGCCUAGUAUAUCAUUGAUUUGUUACAGAAGUCAAUACACAGUACGAUGCUUCUUAUACAAGAACAUGUGUUAAGACAGAAAUCAUGUUUCUUUUUUUAAUGAUCUUCUAAUUAUUUCCCUACACUUCUUUUGUUAAAAUCAUACAGAAGUGUAAUUGUGAUUAGAUUCGGAAUGUAUGUUACUGAAAUAGAUGAAAAUUUAAUAAUGUUAGAUUGUAUUUAUAUAAAAACGUUCAUACACUUAAAUACCAUAUUGUUAAUAUUUACAUUUUGUACAUUUCUGGUGUUGGGUUAUGGACGAUGACCUGAUUCUUGAUGAUCACCUCAUAUGCAUAUAGAAAUAUUAUUUUGUAUUCAAAUUUAUAAUAAUUGACAUUCCAGACUCACACUAACUGCAUUUAUAUAUUCAUAUUACUAUUAUGUUAUUCAAAACGUAUAAAAAAAUAUCCAUUACAUUAAGUGCAUCUUAAUGCACGAACAAAUUAUAUAAGAUCUUGCAGUAUGAAAAGGUACUAUCCACAUACAUUGUAAAUUUUCAUACUAUUUAGUUAAAAAAACAAAUGUUUAUCGAAGCAAAUUUCUAUGUUCCAUGGAAAAAAAGGUUGAUUUAUAAAAGUUCUUCUUAAAUUAAUCUGAUAAAGUUACUUACUAUACGAGUUCGAUGAAAAAAAAA